UGUAUAAAUAUUCUAACCAAGCUCCUUCUCCUUCACUUCACUCAAGUCACCUUUCCUCUGUGUUCGUUUCCCAUUCUCAAAGACACUUCACAAACACGUUUGAGCCUUCAAAUUCUACGUUUCUCUUUUUUCACCAUCAUGGCCAGACCCCAACAACGCUAUCGUGGAGUCCGCCAAAGGCACUGGGGCUCUUGGGUCUCCGAAAUUCGCCACCCUUUAUUGAAGACUAGAAUAUGGCUAGGAACAUUUGAAACUGCAGAAGAUGCAGCAAGAGCAUAUGAUGAAGCAGCUAGACUCAUGUGUGGGCCAAAAGCACGUACCAAUUUCACAUACAACCCUAAUGAACCACAUUCAUCCUCAUCGAAGCUUCUCUCUGCCACUUUAACGGCCAAACUACAUAAGUGUCACAUGGCUUCCCUUUCCCUUCAAAUGGCCAAACAGAAAACCCCACAGAACAAAGAGCCUCAACCCUCCCUUGGAUCCAAUCCAUUUGCCUCUGCCAAUGCCAUUGCUGGAUCAAGUGCUGACACUGGAUUAAGGUGGCUAGAUGGGAAUUGGGUUGGUGUGGAAGGCCAGGUUGAAGUUUCCCAUCAACAGUUUCAGCCAGUUCUGGAAGAUGAUCACAUUGAGCAAAUGAUACAAGAGUUGCUUGAUUAUGGAUCAAUUGAGCUUUGCUCUGUUGGCUCAACUUAGACUCUAUAGUAAUUAGUAGCAUUCUCCAAUGGCAAGUGCAACAUCUUUUUGGGGUACUAAUUCACCAUGUAAUAAAAGUAUAAGCUUAGUUUAGUACAAUAGGGAAGUCUUUACCCAUUAGAAUCUGUUUGGAUACAAAUUUAAAAAAACUUUGGAGAAUUUUUCUAUUAAAAAAUAUUCUUUAUUAUUGAUAGAAAAACUCUAAAUAAUUCUUCUAAAUUUGUAUCUGAUCAGACUCUUAGUAGACAAUCAUGUGGAAUUAGAAUGUAACCAGCCAACGAUGCGAAAGGCAUAUCAUGCAUAUGAUGGACUAUAAUAGAGAAUUAGUAUAUCAGUAGAAUACAAUUUUCCAUCUUCUGCUUUUUGUUUAUAUCCUACUACUGAAAGUUGCCCAAAAUUCUUCUCUAAUAAAGCAGGAUGCAUGUGGGACC